UACAAAUACUGCUUCCAUAAAAAAGUAUUUAAUUACAAAGUAUUUGAAUACUUUAAAGGAUUUGAAUACUAAAAAGUAUUUACAAAAUACUGCCCAGCUCUGCUGUUUGGACGGAAGUGGGAAUGAAAUGGUGAUGGUAAUUGUACCUACUGGUGGGAAUGUCAACAAACAUAACGUCUCCGAAACUACCACCCUGUCCUGAUAGAAAUUUAGAUUAAUUCCAGAUUCCAGGAGUCAAAUUACGAAUUAAUCACAUUAAAUUUCACAUCUUUACAACCCAAGAUACGCUCAAAAUUGAUACAAUGAAAUCAAAUAGACGUUACACCAGGCUCACUCUCAUUCCUAUUUGAUUUCAUUAAAUCAAUUUUGAGCGUAUGUUGAGUGUGAGUGUCGCCUUAGUGUGAAACAAGUUCACCUUUAUUAAUUAAUUAAUCAAUUAAUAAUCCAUUGUCCAAUGUCCACAUGGGAAACUUGCACUAAACAAUACACGUUGGUAAAACAAAUAACGCAAAACGAGUAAACAAACUUAUCUCUGUUUAGAUAACGUCUAAACGUUUAAGUAUUAACAGCAUCAAUGGUCAGUAGUUAUUUCAACAAAAUGAUGAAGUUACAAUACUUGCCAGUUGCCACAACUAUUUGGUUUCUUUCCACAUUUAUUAUUACAUAUAUAAUAGCCGUGAAGACAGGGAGUGUGUAUUAUUUGUUUCCAUACAUCAGCGAAGCUGGAGCACUACCACCUGCAAGUUGCGUGUUUUCGCAAUUCCUUAAUUUAGGAGCACUACUACUAUUAUUUGCAAUGUACGUAAGGUAUCGCCAAGUUGAGCAUGACAUAAAAACCCAAAACAUAAAGCUAAAUUCAAAAUGGAAUAGCGUAACAUUUAAAGUUGGUAUUGCGGUAAGUUUUGGAACAAGCAUAACUGCAAAUUUCCAAGAAAGUAACAUUCUUAUUGUCCAUUUAAUUGGUGCCUUAAUGGCUUUGGGUAUUGGAAGCGUUUAUUGUAUACUGCAGACCAGAAUAUCGCACGCUUAUGUUUCCGCGUGUAAGAGAAGUAUUCCAAAAUGGAUGUUCUACUUAAGUUCCUAUGGUACCGGUGUUUAUGCUGAUAUUUCUAUCCGGAGUUUUAGGAAUGACCAAAUUUACUGGUACAUUACACAGGGACCUUUAUUUCUAUUUAACGAUUUGUUGAAUUGGCAGGUGAAUCCAAAAUGUGGUGGACGGAAGAACAUGAAGGUUAUAAUCUCCGAUUGA